GCGCGCUGGGCGGCCUUUCUAGCCGCGCCGCACAGCUCUCUAUGGUGCUCUGCUGCCCCGGAAGCUGCUGGCGGCGGGACGCGCUCCGGCUCCGGCUCCUCGCGGUUGCGGCGCAUGGCGGGCACGGCGCUCAAGCGGCUGAUGGCCGAGUACAAGCAGUUAACCCUGAAUCCACCAGAAGGAAUAGUAGCAGGGCCUAUGAAUGAAGAAAACUUCUUUGAAUGGGAAGCCUUGAUCAUGGGCCCAGAGGAUACCUGUUUUGAGUAUGGUGUUUUCCCAGCUAUCCUGAGCUUCCCUCUUGAUUAUCCUCUAAGUCCUCCGAAGAUGAGGUUCACAUGUGAGAUGUUUCAUCCAAACAUUUACCCAGAUGGGCGAGUUUGCAUUUCCAUUCUGCAUGCUCCAGGGGAUGAUCCCAUGGGGUACGAGAGCAGCGCUGAGCGGUGGAGCCCAGUGCAGAGCGUGGAGAAGAUCCUCUUGUCAGUGGUUAGCAUGUUAGCAGAACCAAAUGAUGAAAGUGGAGCCAAUGUUGAUGCCUCCAAAAUGUGGCGGGAGGACAGAGAACAGUUUAACAGAAUUGCCAAGCAGAUUGUGCAGAAGUCCCUUGGGCUUUAAAAACAAAAAAGAAAAGAAUGAAACUGCAGUGUUUUGUAUUUCUCUCCAGUUGACAGAGAGCAGUGCUUAGUGCUGAUACCAAAAAGGCAGAUUUUGUAAAAUCGUUGGCCUAAUUCUUCCUCUUUAUUCUUUUUAUUAUUACCCCCCCCUUAAAAAGCCUCUGGCUCACAGACUAAAACAUGUAGCAAGGAGGUACAUUAUUAGAACUCAAAAAUGGAGUCAGUCCUAUUGCGAAGGCUGUUCAAUGCUACCUCAUUCUGUUGUAUUGAAAAUCUGGAGACUUUACAAAGCAUGAAUUUGAGCCUAGCACAGUCUUAUACCCAUUUGCUGCAAUCCACCCCCUGGUCUCACCAGGAAAAUGCACAAGCGAUUGUGCAUUGCCAAGCAGUGGAAUCAGUCUUAUUCUCCCCAGUCAGUGAUUCAGAGCAAAGGUUAGUGAACAAAUACGUAAGUAGCUAGGUGGUCAGCAUAUUCAUGUUCGCAGAUAUUCCCAUUUUGGCCACCAGAACUUGUUCCAGGGAAGGGGAGUUUUAGGUGACCUGCUACAACAAUCAGCUUUACGUUUCUGCAUAACAUCGUACCCAAAAACGUGUGCAGAAAGCGAGUCAUUUUUAGUUGUGUGAUCUCAUUGGGAAAUUGGAAACAGUGAUGAUAGUCAACACCAGAGUUCACAAAAAGGUAGCUCAGUGAAGGAGGUUCUAAAACAAGAACACCUUCAGGUUGUUUUAACGUAGGUAGCGAUUUUAAUUUUUUUAACUAAGGUGACUCAUUCUAGAUGGCUAGUUCCACCAAUGGCUGGUGCUCUUGGACUCAGCUGUCUAGAAUAGCCCAAUGUUUUUGUAUCAUGCUGUCAGUCUAAAUCUAGCCUUUGAAUCUGCUUUUGCAAAGAAGAGAUCUCAGUGACUGCUGUAAUUACUCCCUAAAAAUAUUUAUUGUAACUUCCAGUUUCAAUCAGAGAGGUAGGUCAGGAAAUCCAGUCUUUUCGUAAACAUUUUGGUCAGCUGUUUUGUUAGGUACCUGUUAUGCUUAUAAAAAGCACACAAGAUCUUUUUAUAGGGGAAAAGGCAACACACCACAUUUAUUGAGAAUACAACAGUUAGCAUAUGUUUUUCAAUCUCUCACACACACACAUACACCAUGCACACAG